AUGUCACUGCCUCGUGAAGAAAUCAGCGUGGAGUUGGGGGCCGACACGCCGGAUCACUCCCGCACCGACCAUCCCUUUAACCGCAGCCGCCACGACAGCCUGGCGAGCUCGCGCUUUAGCAGUCGCCUCAGCCGGCGCUCCAGCGUACGCGAUGAAGUGCAGUCGCUCGAUGAGUUCCUGCGAAAGCAGCGCGUCAUUCGGUACAUGCAGGAGGAGCGGGAGCGUGCGGAGCGGUCGAAGCUGCUGCGCGAGGAACACGACUUCUGGGUCGAGUUCCGCGAUCGUGAGCGUGCGGAGCGUCUGAAGUACAUGACAGAGCAGGAGAUCGUGGAGCUGCUGCAGAGGGAGGCGGACGAGGCUACGCGCGAAAACAGCCCCGCUGACCGGUUCCACCUUCGGGCAACCGAGGAUACGUUGCGGCGCCGCCACAUCACGGCGGAUGUGCAGCGCGGGGAGGAAGAUGCUGUGUUGGCGCGUCUCAAGGGCGAGGUGCAGGUGGAUGGUAUUCGACUCGCUGCUGAGCAAGAGACCUCGGUGAUGGUAGAGGUCAUGACAGUGGCAGAGCGCACGCGGCGCGUCUGCAUUGAGAGCCAGCAGCGUGAAGAGGACUUGACAGCAAAGUGCAAGCAGCUGAUGACGGAGCUAGAGGAAGCCAGGGCUUCCGCCACGCGAGCCCAACGAUACCAGAGGCGCGCCGAAGACGAUCUGGCACGGGAGCAAGAGAAUUCGCAGAAAGAGAAAGCUGCCGCCGCAGCCAGCAAGGAGGCCAACGAGAAACUCUCGAAGGAAUUAGCCGAGGUGCGGGAGCAACUCGCAGCCUCUGAGGCAGAGAGGAAGAAGGCGGAAGCUGCAACGGCACAGGCUGUGCGGGAGGCUACACGAAAGGAGAAGGAGCUCACCAGUCUGAGGAAACGCAACGACGAGCUGGCGGCACAGCAGGCAUCGCAGACGGCCGCCGCCAAGGACGAGAAGCAGCGCGCAUCUCCGUUUCAGGAAGAGCUGAGGGCGUAUAGGGAUGCACUGGAGAAGGAGCAGGCAGUGCGAAGCAGGGCUGAGACCGAGCUGGCGGCGCUGCGGGAGCAAGCAAAGGUGCUCGAGGCGAAGGUGGCUGCCGCGAGUGCGCCCGACCCGAAACAGGUGGCAGAUAACAUGCGGAAACUGAAGGCCGUCGCCGACGACGCCCGCAAGGCGCAGGCUGACCUCGUAAAGGAGCGCCAGGCGCGCGAGAGUGCUGAGGCUGCCGCGGUGGAGGCGAGAGAUGCCCUAGCGAAGGAGCAAGCGGCGCGCGAGAAGGCAGAGAAGGAGGCGCAGAGGGCGCUGGCGGCGUCAAGCGUUCCAGCACUACAAAUGCAAGAGGCCGUGUUGGAUCGCAAAAAGCUAGCUGAGGCGGAGAAGAAGCUGGAAGAGAUGCGUAGGGCACGGAACAGGGACGCGGCUGAGAAGACCGCACUGAAGCGUGAGAUGCAGAAGGUGAAGAGGGAUCUCGAAGAUGAAAGCACUGCGCGGGCCCAGUUUGAGCAGCUCGCAUCGCAAGCCGUUAGCGCAGACGACCGGGUUCCACGGAGGGAGGUGGACCAGCUGCGAAGGGAACUGCACAUCUCGCAGGAGCAAUGCGACGCAGCACGACGGGACACCGUUGCGUGCCAGCAGAACGCAGCCCGCGAGAUCGCCUCACUCAAGGCGUGGUGCGAGCGCCUGCAGCAGCAGCAUCGCAUGCAGCAGCAGCUGCUUCAAAGUGAUGAGGAGUUCACCCCGCGGACGGCAACACCAACCCCGCACUCUCGCACGCCGCGCUCUGUGCGGAGGCGGAUCCCACAAGACCUCGCGUCUGAUCAGCGGCAGGCGGAGGAGAAGGCGGCAAGCGACCAGCGCAUUCGCGAACUGGAGGCACACGUGACGCGGCUGCAGGCGGACCUCCAUAGGAGCAAGGACCAAGAAAGUAAGGCGGUCGCAGAGGCGGAGCAGGCGCGUAAGGCACCCAAAGCGACCGCCGCCACCUCCAUGCGUGAUUCGUGGAAGGCGUUUCCGGGCCCAUCCGAGCGUGGUGCCGCGGUGGAGCAAGAGGCCAAAGAGAGGGCGAUGCUGCAGCGGUUGGACGCCUUGGAGAGGGAGCGCGCGGAGGCGGAAAGGAAGUACGAUGAUCUCGUUGUGGCCCACAGACACUCAGAGGCCGCUCGCUGUGAGGCGGAGCUGCAGGUUUCGGUGCAGCGGGCGGAGAUUGAGCAACGACGAAAGGAAGAGCCUCAGUCGUACACUUCAGCGCUGAGGAACUAUGAAACGGCACGCUCGGAGCCGAUCUCAGCGACUGCUGAUGAGAGCACGAGCGCACUCGAGGAGCGCAUCAAGGAGCUGGAGCGGCAUCUGACAGAGGAGCGUGCGGCUCGAGAGGCCGCUGAGAGGCGCGCAGAGGGGCUUCAAAAGCUAUGUGCUGCGCCAGGGACUGACGCCAAAUCUGCAGCGCAGGUGGCGGAGGCGAAUGUCUCCUCAAGCGGUGCAGGAGCCACAGGCAGGACCCGGAAGGCGAAGGGCGGGUGCUGCUAG